AUGGCUGAAUUCUUCAAUCAAUGCGGAUAUCUUACUGACAUCAUUAGUAAAUCAUUGGAGAAAGUGCAUACUGUUACUCAUGAGGAAUCAUUGAAUCCAACAGUACGUGACACCACACAACGCACGCCUCUGGUUUUAACUUACCAUCCUACCUCUAAGAAGAUUGCUAAGAUUAUAACAGACAAUCAUUAUAUUUUGGAAUCAGACCCAGCCACUAAAGACAUUUUUAAGGAGCCUCCUAUGAUUUCUUAUAAACGUGAUCGUAGCUUGAAGGACCAGUUAGUUAAGUCAAGAUUGAAAGCAAUACAUCCAGCAGAUAAUGUAGGCAUGACUAGGUGUAAUAGAAGUAGAUGUACGACAUGUAAGCAUGUUAUGGCUGCUGGCAAAUCAUCGUACACAUUAGAAGGCAGCAAAGAUGGUCAAAUAUCUUGUCCAAGUCAUGGGAAAAAUUUACUGGAAUUUUACUGUUCAACAUGCAAGAAAUCAGCAUGUGAGGAUUGUAAGCAUGUAAUUCGUUGCUAUCAAAAUAAUCAUAAUGUGAUACCAAUGAAAACUGCUGUCCAUGAGUUUAACAAGAAUGCUACUGAGGUUAUGAAUAUAGCUCAAGGCAUUCAAAUCAAAUUGAAAGGAACACUUGAUGAUAUUAAUAAUGAUAGAUCUGCCUUUGAACAUCACCUAAAAUUAUGCAAACAAGUUAUUGAUGUGAAGGAGAAGCUGACUAAAGUUAAUAAGGUGAUGGCCUCAAUCAGUACAAUGAUUAACAAACCAGAACAAACUGGAACUCUUAAAUCCCAUAAGACAAUUAUCAACACUGUCAGAGAUGAGGUCUUAGGAAAUGAUUUUGAUAAAUCAUUUCAUAAAAAAAAUAUUACACCAACUUUCAUUCCAUCUACUUACUUGGAUGAUGUAAUGAAUACUGAAUGCAUUGGUAAAAUCACAACUGUUAAUGGCAGGUUCAAGGUUGAUCAAGAUGAUGAAGCAAUUACCGUCAUAAAAGGACAAACAUUUGCAGUAACCGUAUCAAGCCUAAGUGAGAGUGAUGCAAGUGAAUUAUCUGCAACUCUAAGCAACCCAUCACAUGAAGAAUCAGCCACUGAGGUAGAAUAUCAAGGAAAUGGAGAGUACAAAAUAACAGGUAAAUGCAAUAUGGAAGGUGAUUGGCAAAUGAAGAUUAUUGCGGGAGAGGCGCACAUCAAAGGAUCUCCAGUGAAUAUCAAGGUGGAAUCACUGGGACUUGUACAUACCAUUGGUCACAUAUCAGAUUAUAAAGAACAUAAAAAAACUUAUAAUGCGAUAGAUGUACUAUUCAAUACAGAUGGAUUCUUAUUAGUAUCAAGCUUCAGUAAAGAUAUAUUAAAAUUCAACCAAUCAGGUUCAUUUGUUGCUAAGAUACAGGUGCCACAAGAUGUGCAGGUCCAUAGAAUGCAUCUAAUGUAUGAUGGUCACAUGGUGUACAGUGAUUUCUUAGGAAAAUGUGUUGUAAUGUGUGAUGAUAAAUUUAAAGAAAUCAUCUCAUUUGGUAAAGGAAUAUUGAAAUAUCCAGAGGGAUUGACAGUAAACAAAAAAACUAGAGUCCUGUAUGUAGCAGAUCGUAAGGCUCAUUGUGUGUUUAAAUUCAAUGUUGAUGAUGGUAGACUACUAAGUAAGAUAGGUUCGAAGGGUAGUGAAGUAGGUCAGAUGAAUGAACCAGUUGAUGUUACUUUAACCAAGGAAGGUCAUAUGAUCAUUGCUGACUUCGGCAAUCAUAGAAUACAAAUGUUUGAUGCAAAUGAUAAGUUUAUGCGAAUCCUUGUAGGCUUUAGUACAGAAGAUGGUAAAGUGUGGGGUCCUUGUGGUGUAACCAUGGAUAUGGAUGAAAAUAUAAUAGUGUCAAGUAAUCAUAAACUACAAUUAUUUGAUAAAAAUGGUGUCUUUAUUAAACGAAUAGAUCAUGAAGAUGAUGGAUUAAAUGUCCCAGCAGGAAUUACUUUGAUUUCCAAUAGACCAAGGAGAGUAGCA